AUGCAUUGGGUAUGGGGAGUACUCGCCAUCGUCGGAAUGACGAUGGGUCAGAGUCCCGUUUUCAAGAGGUUCGAGUACAAACAUUCGUUCCGUGCCCCGAAUCUUGCUCAACGUGACGGCUCCAUACCCUUUUGGAUGGUAUCUGGUGAUGCCAUCGCGUCCAGCGACCAGUUACGUAUUGCUCCUUCGAUGCGCAGCCGUAAAGGUAUUGCAUGGAACAAGCGGCCCAUGGUGGAAAGUGAGAAUUUCCAGAUUGAUGUCAGUUUGAAAAUUACCGGUCAAGGACGAAUAGGAGCGGAAUGGAAUGGCAAUUUGAGUGCUUUGUUCAGGUACACUGCUCAGAUGGGUGCGCUAGGUCCGGUGUUCGGUGCCAACGACUUCUGGACCGGAAUGGGUCAGUGGGAAUCUCAUGCUUUCGUAAAUUCG